AAAACAGACAGAGAGAAAGAGAAAGAGAAAGAAUCGCUUUGUAUAUAAGCCAACGAAGCCAAAGCCUAUAAUUCUGGAAGACGAGAGACGAGAGUAAAAUCAAAAGAGAGAGACCCUUCUCCGUCUGCGACAGCGUCCGGCUGUUUUGGUGGUAGCGCUAUUCAACGGACAUAGAGCUACGGCCAUGGCAGAUUCUAAUGACUCUGUUUCCGUCGACAUGGAGAAGAUCUAUCUCGGCGGCAAGGAGCAUCAUGUACGAACUGGCCAGGGUUCUGUGUCUGUAAUAGUCUGUGGAGACCAAGAUAAGCCGCCACUUAUUACUUAUCCCGAUUUGGCUCUAAAUCAUAUGUCAUGUUUUCAAGGAUUAUUCUUUUUCCCAGAAGCAGCUUCGUUGCUACUUCAUAACUUUUGCAUCUACCAUAUCAGCCCUCCUGGACAUGAGUUAGGAGCUGCUGAGAUUUGUGAGGAUGAUCCUUCACCCUCUGCCGAUGAUUUAGCAGAUCAAAUCCUUGAGGUUCUCAACUAUUUUGGACUCGGUGCGGUGAUGUGCAUGGUAACAGCUGGCGCUUACAUUCUUAGUCUUUUUGCUUUGAAGUAUAGAGAGCGAGUUCUUGGUUUAAUUCUUAUAUCCCCCUUAUGCAAGUCGCCCUCUUGGUCCGAAUGGUUCUAUAAUAAGGUAAUGUCAAACUUGUUGUACUUCUAUGGCAUGUGCGGUUUGUUGAAAGAGUGCUUGCUUCAGCGGUACUUCAGUAAGGAGGUCCGUGGUAGUGCAGAAGUUGCAGAGUCUGAUAUAGUUCAAGCAUGUAGAAAACUACUUGAUGAGAGACAGAGCAACAAUGUUUUGAGGUUCCUCCAAGCCAUUAAUAGAAGACCAGACAUUACUGAAGGGUUAAAAAGGCUCCGGUGUCGUACUCUCAUUUUCGUCGGGGAUAGCUCACCUUUCCAUUCUGAAGCACUCCAUAUGAUAUCAAAAUUGGAUAGAAGAUAUAGUGCCUUGGUUGAGGUCCAAGCUUGUGGAUCGAUGGUAACCGAAGAGCAGCCACACGCAAUGUUGAUACCGAUGGAGUACUUCUUCAUGGGGUAUGGAUUAUAUAGGCCAUGCCAGUUCAGUGAUAGUCCACGGAGUCCAUUAAGUCCAUCUUGUAUCUCCCCAGAGCUUCUUUCUCCAGAAAGCAUGGGAUUAAAGCUAAAACCAAUAAAAACGCGCAUUUCUUAAACGUCACAAGGACAUGUAGAAUUGGAAAAGAAGAGAGGAGGCUAUGGUUUGCUUGUGAUUCAAAACUCUGUCUGUCUGUAAGUUUUUCUUUUCCAGAUUUUUGAUUUGUUGAAAGGAGCGUUUGUGUAGAUAGGGGGAGAGAAAAAAAAAAGGGUAUUCACAAUGAUGGGUAAAUAACUAAUAGGGAGAUACACAUUCAUUCUUUUGUAGUCAUCAGACAUAAAAGAGAUCAUAUUCUUGAACUCUGUGGAUUCGUAUAUUCUUCACUCUGACCAAAUAUAUUAAAAUAUUUAUCAAUGAUCUUGAA